AAGAUAUUUCAUGGAUUAUUUAUUAAUUAUCCCAAGCUGAAAGGUCCAAGAAGCAAAUGACGUUCCUUACCUCCGUCAUCUCUCCGCGUCAUUGUUGUGGUCGCACACCGAAGUCGUCGUCGCUCCGAAAGCUUUGCUCCAGUCAGUGUGGCAUCAUGGUGACCCUGCCAAGCUCCCUGACGGACGAAGAGGAGUCUCUGCAGAAGAAAUAUGCAAAACUCAAGAAGAAGAAAAAGGCUCUCCUCGCCUUGAAGAAGCAGAGCUCCACCAGCCAGACCAACCAGGGUGGGCUGAAACGCACGCUGUCCGACCAGCCGGUGGUCGACACGGCGACGGCGACGGAGCAAGCCAAGAUGCUGAUCAAGUCGGGCGCCAUCAGCGCCAUCAAGUCUGAGAACAAGAACUCGGGGUUCAAGCGCUCGCGAACCCUGGAAAUCAAACUCAAGGACCCAGAGAAAGGCCCCAUCCCCGCCUUCCUACCCUUCCAGAGGAGCGUCUCCACAGACGAGGAGCUCGCCGAUUCGAGCAGAAGAGGAGGCCCCAGGAAACCCUUGUAUGAAAGCUUCGUCACCCCCCGGGACGAGGAGGAGGCGGGCGGCGGCGGCGGCGGCGGGGGGUCCGGGGGGGACCGGGAGAGGGAGAGGGAGAGAGAGGCGGACCGCGGCCCAGACCGGGAGAGAGAGCGAGGGGGAGACCGAGAGAGAGACCGCGAGAGGGAGAGAGACCGGGAUCACGGCGGGGGCGGGGAGCGCGACCCGGACCGGGAGUGGGAACGGGGUCGCGACAGAGGAGACCGCAUGCGGGAACGGGACGGGCCCUUCAGACGUUCGUACGCAGAGCAGCGCGCGGCUCGGAAGGGGAACACGGUGUACGUGUACGGCUCCGGCAUGGUGGAGGACAGCCUGCGCUCCGCCUUCACCCAGCACGGCACCAUCAUCGACGUCUCCAUGGACAACCCCCGCAACUGUGCCUUCAUCACCUUUGAGAAAAUGGAGUCUGCCGACCAGGCCGUGGCCGAGUUGAACGGCACCACCGUAGGGGACGUCUACAUCAAGGUCAGCAUCGCCAAGAAGCAGCCCAUGUUGGAUGCUGCCACCGGGAAAUCGGUCUGGGCCUCUCUGGCGGUCCAGAACAGUGCUAAAGGCUCGUACCGGGACAAGAGGAACCAGGUGGUGUACAGCGAGGACUUCCUUUAAGUUUUUAACCCUUCAACGCAACCGUUUGUUUUCUGUUUCCCCUUUUUGGACACGGGCGCUGUUUCUUACCCAUAGUGGCAGCAUCGGCGGCUCCUCUCAGUGUGGUUCAUCGUCUGGAGGAAUGUGCACAUGAUACGUUUAGCUCAUAUUUGUUAUUGUCUGUCUAGGGUUAGCUGGCUCCUCGAAGAGAGGUCUAGUUUGGUUUUGUCUGAGCUCAAUAAAAUCUGCUCUUUCAAAAA